GCCCGCCCGCUCGGCGCAGGGCGUGGCUUCUCGUAGCCAUUAGGAAACAGCAACCCUUUCACCUCAGUUUCCUUCGGUCCAGCAUUUGCGGCGAAGCGAAAGGUGGUCGAGUCCUGAAGGAGUGCCUGAUGUCUUCAUCAUUCUCAAAUUCUUAGUACGGUCGGGCCCUGGAAGGAACGCUCUCGGAAUUGGCCGCGGAAACCGAUCUGCCCGUUGUGUUUGUGAAACAGAGAAAGAUAGGCGGCCAUGGUCCAACCUUGAAGGCUUAUCAGGAGGGCAGACUUCAAAAGCUACUAAAAAUGAACGGCCCUGAGGAUCUUCCCGAGUCCUAUGACUAUGACCUUAUCAUCAUUGGAGGUGGCUCAGGAGGCCUGGCAGCUGCUAAGGAGGCAGCCCAAUAUGGCAAGAAGGUGAUGGUCCUGGACUUUGUCACUCCCACCCCUCUUGGAACUAGAUGGGGUCUCGGAGGAACAUGUGUGAAUGUGGGUUGCAUACCUAAAAAACUGAUGCAUCAAGCAGCUUUGUUAGGACAAGCCCUACAAGACUCUCGAAACUAUGGAUGGAAAGUCGAGGAGACAGUUAAGCAUGAUUGGGACAGAAUGAUAGAAGCUGUACAGAAUCACAUUGGCUCUUUGAAUUGGGGCUACCGAGUAGCUCUGCGGGAGAAAAAAGUUGUCUAUGAGAAUGCUUACGGGCAGUUUAUUGGUCCUCACAGGAUUAAGGCAACAAAUAAUAAAGGCAAAGAAAAAAUUUAUUCAGCAGAGAGAUUUCUCAUUGCCACUGGUGAAAGACCACGUUACUUGGGCAUCCCUGGUGACAAAGAAUACUGCAUUAGCAGUGAUGAUCUUUUCUCCUUGCCUUACUGCCCGGGUAAGACCCUGGUCGUUGGAGCAUCCUAUGUCGCUUUAGAGUGUGCUGGAUUUCUUGCUGGUAUUGGUUUAGAUGUCACUGUUAUGGUUAGGUCCAUUCUUCUUAGAGGAUUUGACCAGGACAUGGCCAGCAAAAUUGGUGAACACAUGGAAGAACAUGGCAUCAAGUUUAUAAGACAGUUUGUACCAAUUAAAAUUGAACAAAUUGAAGCGGGGACACCAGGCCGACUCAGAGUAGUAGCUCAGUCCACCAACAGUGAGGAAAUCAUUGAAGGAGAGUAUAAUACGGUGUUGCUGGCAAUAGGAAGAGAUGCUUGCACAAGAAAAAUUGGCUUAGAAACUGUAGGGGUGAAGAUAAAUGAAAAGACUGGAAAAAUACCUGUCACAGAUGAAGAACAGACCAAUGUGCCUUACAUCUAUGCCAUUGGCGAUAUAUUGGAGGAUAAGGUGGAGCUCACCCCGGUUGCAAUCCAGGCAGGAAGAUUGCUGGCUCAGAGGCUCUAUGCAGGUUCCACUGUCAAGUGUGACUAUGAAAAUGUUCCAACCACUGUAUUUACUCCUUUGGAAUAUGGUGCUUGUGGCCUUUCUGAGGAGAAAGCUGUGGAGAAGUUUGGGGAAGAAAAUAUUGAGGUUUACCAUAGUUACUUUUGGCCAUUGGAAUGGACGAUUCCAUCAAGAGAUAACAACAAAUGUUAUGCAAAAAUAAUCUGUAAUACUAAAGACAAUGAACGUGUUGUGGGCUUUCACGUACUGGGUCCAAAUGCUGGAGAAGUUACACAAGGCUUCGCAGCUGCACUCAAAUGUGGACUGACCAAAAAGCAGCUGGACAGCACAAUUGGAAUCCACCCUGUCUGUGCAGAGGUAUUCACAACAUUGUCUGUGACCAAGCGCUCUGGGGCAAGCAUCCUCCAGGCUGGCUGCUGAGGUUAAGCCCCAGUGUGGAUGCUGUUGCCAAGACUCCAAACCACUGACUCGUUUCCGUGCCCAAAUCCAAGGCGAAGUUUUCUAGAGGGUUCUUGGGCUCUCGGCACCCGCAUGUCCCGUGCUUACCACCGCCCAAGGCCCCCUUGGAUCUUUUGGAUAGGAGUUGGUGAAUAGAAGGCAGGCAGCAUCACACUGGGGUCACUGACAGACUUGAAGCUGACAUUUGGCAGGGCAUCAAAGGGAUGCAUCCAUGAAGUCACCAGUCUCAAGCCCAUGGGGUAGGCGGUGAUGGAACAACUGUCAAAUCAGUUUUAGCAUGACUUUUCCUUGUGGAUUUUCUUAUUCUCGUCAAGUUUUCUAAUGUUGAUUUUUUUUCUUUUUUCUCCAUGGUGUUAAUGAUAUUAGAGAUGAAAAACGUUAGCAGUUGAUUUUUGUCCAAAAGUAAGUCAUGGCUAGAGUAUCCAUACAAGGUGUCUUGUUGCAUGGAAGAGGGAUAGUUUGGCUCCCUUGGAGGCUUUGUAGGCUUGUCCCAGGAAAGAGAACUGUCCUGCUGCUGAAAUGGACUGUUCUUUACUGACCUGCUCAGCAGUUUCUUCUCUCAUAUAUGCCCAAAACAACUACAUCUGCGAUCGACUCUAGCCAAGUUUGCCUCUGUGUGCUAUAUCACGGAUGAUUAUUAUUUUAAGGUCUGUUUAGGAAGAGAAAUGGCUACCUGGCCAGCCAUUGCCUGGCAUUUGGUAGUACAGUAUGAUUCUCACUAUUAUUUGUCAUGGAGGCAGACAUACACCAGAAAUGGGGGAGAAACAGUACAUAUCUUUCUGUCUGUAGUUUAUUGUGUGUUGGUCUAAGCAAGCUGAGAUCAUUUGCAAUGGAAAACACGUAACUUGUUUAAAAGUUUUUACCUUUAACUUUUUUUUACCUUUAAGUUUUACCUAAAACUUUAAAGUUUUUAGCUUUACCUUUUAUGCUAAAAACACAACAUAUAAUGGUGUUAGGUAUCUAUUCCUUUCUAAGACUACAUUAGUAGGAAAAUAAGUCUUUUCAUGCUUAUGAUUUAAAUCUUUUGUGGUAAUUGCUUUUUAAAGGAAGUUAUUAAUAUCAUAAGUUAUUAUUAUUAUUUUGAACACAGGUGGAUGUGAAGGAUUUUCAUUUAAAAACCAAGUGGUUUUGACUUUUUCUGUUGAAUGAACAACUGUGCCUUGUGGAAUUUUUGCAGAAGUGUUUAUGCUUUGUUAGCAUUCCAACUUGCGUUAUUAUAAAGAGGUAUUAAUGCCUCAGUUAUGUGUUUGUCAAUAUACUGGCUGAGGAUUCUAUUUCAGCUGUCUUUUCUAACUGUAAGUUGAGUUUUGAACACGUGCUGUGGACAUCAGACCUCCUGCCAGCAGUUCUUGAAGCUCCUUUUUCAUUCCUGCUCCUCUGUCUACUUGUAUUUCUCAGUUACAGCACUGAGUGGUUGUUUCCAAGUACAUUUCUGGGCCACCUCAGGGAACCCGUGCAUCUGCCUGGCAUUUAGGCAGCAGAGCCCCUGACCGUCCCCCCAGGGCUCUGCCUCACGUCCUCAUCUCAUCUGGCUCUACGAAGAAAUAGGAAAUGGGAAAAGGAGAGGGCAAUUGAGGCAGUUGACCAUAUUCAGAUUUAUUUAUUUAUUUUUAAUUUGUUUUUUUCCUCCAAGUCCACCAGUCUGAAAUUAGCACAGUAGGCAGUAUGAGAUAGUCAGGCCUAAUCAUGUUGUGAUUCUCUUUUCUUAGUGGAGUGGAAUGUUCUAUCCCCACAAGAAGGAUUAUAUCUUAUAGACUUGUCUUGUUCAGAUUCUGUAUUUACCCAUUUUGUUGAAAUAUAUACUAAGUUCCAUGUAUUUUUGUUACAAAUCUUCUGAAAAAUACAAAACAAUGUGAAACAUUAAAAGGCGUUAAUAAUA